AUUUUGUUCUCGACUUCCACGGAAGCAAAGGAUAAGCUGGCAGUGAAGAGGCAACUGCUGGCAUUGCUGGCGGAACCCGCACGAACAGCUACCUCGUGCUUUACAAUACACGACUAGCAACUUCUCUGGCCGUUUACCUCGAGGCUGUACAUAAUCGCCACAUCGUGGGCGUAUCAUUGAUACCCCUCCUUAUUGGUGUUUUUUUACUCUAUGUCGAGCAAGAAUUUCAACGGAAAUCCCCCCAAGUAUAUCAAUGAUUUCAGCAAGGCGCUUGCCAGUGAGGUUCGGAUUCUGCUGGCAGAGGUGGGGAAACUAAGGGACGAGCGACGGCAACUGCAGUAUGAAAUAGCGGAACUCAUGAGCCUCAAGUCGAAGCACGGCGCUGGAGGAGAGUAUUCGCCCGAGUGGCGGCCGCCCCCGGAGCCGCAAGGGUUCAACCCUCCGCCUCCGCCGCCGCCUCCUCCAAUGGAUGAGGGACCCCCAGCUCCGGCACGUCCUGCAUGGCGCACGGUACACAAACGUGCAGAAAGAAAAGAGAAAGCGAUCGCAAAGCUCAUGCCAUCGUCUGUCCCAGCGCCGUCUGCUGUUCCGCCCCUAGAACCUCCACGAUCAAACAUACCAGCAUGGGCACAAUGGAGGCCGAACCCUCUACUUUCACCGGCCCCCGUCAUGGCCCAACCAGCUGCGCCACUCCCUACUUCUCCGCCCCCGCCUAGCCGCUCAGGCCUUUUCGGUCCCCCGACUCCUCCCCCUUAAAGUAGACAGACCUACAAAGAAACAGCAUACAUGUAACACCAUCUCAUCUUUUGCUUUUCUCAUCGGAUUUUCUACAACGCAACAAGCAUUUUCUUCACCAUCUUUUCGCUUCUUAUUGUAUACAUUCGUAGCGCAUCGUUUUUAUUUUAUUGGCUUUCAGCAUGUAACGACAGCUUUCUUUUUUUUGUGGAACUAAAUGUAAUGUAUUUUCUUUCCUACGUCAAACAUUGAUGUCAUUGUCCCAGUCCGACUGCAGGGUUACUCUUGCAUGCUGAACGAAGGAGAGUUUGCAGGUGUGGCUUCGAAAGUAUGCU